AGGGAAGUCGAGCGGGGAGUCAGCUGGUCAGUGUGAAAGUGAAUUGAAAGAGCCAAUGCGAGUGCGAGUGUGUGUGUAUGUGUGUGACAGAGUGUGUAUGAGUCACAACCUGAGCACUUUAGUACUUUGGAGUUUUGUUUUUGCUGCGAUUGUAUAGAUUGUGUAUUUUUGUGGACACGCUCCUCUCAACGACCCGGAAUCAAAGCGUGCCACGGCUCGGGUGUCAUUCGUCGUGCUCCAGCGUUCCCGAGGUAAGCAGAGACGGGUGGAUGCAGUGAUUCCCUGCAGAGAAGGCAGCACCUGAAACAGAGAGGGGGAGAGAGAGCGAGAGCACCAUGGCUUUAGCAGGAUGUCCAGACUACUUCCUGCCGCACCCAAACUACCAGGAAGCAGUGGAUCGGACUCCUGCUCACAGGCCAGAGGAAGGUUUUCAGCGCACAGACAAGCGCACCCAUCAUCAUGAUGAUGACGUGGACCUGGAGCAGCUGGUCAACGAGAUGAACGCGUCGGUGGAGAGCGUGCACGCUGCGGCGGCCGCGUGUGCGGACACCGUGCCGCUGCUACACAACGGCCACACCCACCGUCCCCACCCCCCCCACCCCUCCCACCACCAGCAGCAGCAGCAGCAGCCCCGGCCCCGCCCCAGUCUGCAGCAGCAUGUCCCGGGGGGCCACAGCCACGCCCAGCGGCCGCUGCCCCAGUCGUCCAGCCGGGGGGCGCUGCCUCACUCACUGCCCAUGCAGAUCCAGGCCGUCAGGCGGCUCCAGGGAGAGCACCAGGUCCGUCCGUCCUCGCUGCCUGCCAUCCCCAACCCCUUCCCUGAGCUCUGCAGCCCCUCGGGUUCCCCCAUCCUCAGCCCCAUCCAGAUCUCCGACAACCACAUAGUGAAGGUCUGGAGCGAGGAUGGAGCAGGGAAAGUUCUUGAGAUCCUGGCCGAAAUGACGGCCCGUGACGUCUGCCAACUCCUGGUCUACAAGAGCCACUGUCUGGACGACAACUGCUGGACCCUCGUGGAGCAUUACCCCCUGCUGGGCCUGGAGAGGUGUGUGGAGGACCAUGAGCUGGUGGUGCAGGUGCAGCUUUCUAUGGGCAGCGAGGGCAAAUUCCUCUUCAGGAAGAACUUUGCCAAAUAUGAAUUCUUCAGGAACCCCCUGAACUUCUUCCCAGAGCAGAUGGUCGCGUGGUGUCAGGAGUCCAACGGUUCCAUUCCCCCCUCGCAGCUCUUACAGAACUUCCUGGACUCCAGCAGCUGCCCCGAGAUCCAGGGCCACCUCUACCUGAGGGAGACGGGCCGGCGCUCCUGGAAGAAGCUCUACAUGUUCCUGCGGCGCUCCGGCCUGUACUACUCCACCAAGGGAACGUCCAAGGAACCCAGACACCUCCAGCUGCUGGCCGACCUAGAGGACAACAAUAUGUUCACGGCGGUGACGGCGAGGAAGGCCCACAACGCCCCCACGGACUACCAGUUCAGCAUCAAGCCCAGCAAGGCGAGGAGCGAGUGCAAGGAGCUGAAGAUGCUGUGUGCCGAAGACGAACAGAGCCGGACCUGCUGGACCACCGCCUUCAGGCUGCUGAAGCAUGGGAUCUCACUCUAUCACAACUACACCGGCCCGCAGUCAAAGAAGACCCCCCUCUCGUCAGUGCAUCCCCCGCAGCGAAGCGUGUCGGAGAACUCCCUGGUGGCCAUGGACUUCUCCGGGAGGACGGGCCGGGUCAUCGACAACCCUGCUGAGGCCCAGAGCGCCGCCAUGGAGGAGGGACAGAGCUGGAGGAAACGGAGCCAGCGUCUCAACGUCCUGGGCAGCCCCGGUCCCCUUCACACCCCCUCUCUCAGCGCAGUGAUCCACAGAACCCAGUUGUGGUUCCACGGCCGCAUCGUGAGAGAGGAAGCCCAAAGAAUGAUGGUCCAGCAGGGCCAGGUGGACGGGUUGUUCCUGUUGAGGGACAGCCAGAGCAACCCUAAGGCCUUCGUGCUGACGCUGUGUCACCACCAGAAGACCAAGCACUUUCAGAUCCUGCCGUAUGAAGAGGAGGGCCAGGUGUUCUUCAGCCUGGACGACGGUGCCACCAAGUUCACAGACCUUAUCCACCUGGUGGACUUCUACGAGCUGAACCGUGGCGUGCUGCCCUGCCGCCUCAAGCACCCCUGCACCGCCGUAGCCUUGUGACACUACCCCCUUCCUGUGACCC